UCGAGCUAGUAGCUUUCAAGCAAGAUAUUCAUCUCAAUAUAAAACAAUACAGCGCCGUAGCAAAGGACCAUUAGUCGCAACUGACGAGAUACAGCCUACCUGCCUUUCCACGUGGAAGAAAACGGGGGACAGAGACUUGCUAACUACGUAGUUGGCUUUUCUACAAGGAAUCUGGUGUAUGGACUUCCUGCUGUCUUCUUCUACUACAGGUCAUCUAAAGUGUAUGGACUUCCUGCUGUCUUCUACUACAGGUCAUCUAAAGUGUAUGGACUUCCUGCUGUCUUCUUCUACUACAAGUCAUCUAAAGUGUAUGGACUUCCUGCUGUCUUCUACUACAGGUCAUCUAAAGUGUAUGGACUUCCUGCUGUCUUCUACUACAGGUCAUCUAAAGUGUAUGGACUUCCUGCUGUCUUCUUCUACUACAAGUCAUCUAAAGUGUAUGGACUUCCUGCUGUCUUGCCAUUUACUGCAUUGUUGUUGUUCCCAACAGCAGGACAACAUGAGUGGAGAGAAGGAAACUUUGUUGGAUGAAAUCGAACAUAGUUUAAACUGUCUAACCAAGGACAAUUUACUUUACCUGUGUGAACGCUGUGGAAUAGAUGGCUCCCAAGUUAAAGGAAAGAACCAUCGCUCGUUGCGCCGUAAAAUCUUGGAGGAAAUGUGGGUAAAUGCAGAUUCGGUCAAAUCGGAGGAGCAGGGAAUGUCUUGGUUACUCCGACUGAAAGAUGACAUCAGAAAGAUACAGGAAGAAUCUACUGUGUCACCCAUGAGUCACAGCCAGUCUGAUGAUGAUGCUACAGACUGCGAUGAAGAAUGGGACAUGGAAAACAAGGAUUGGUUUCUUAGCAGCGGGCUGGAGGCAGCUCCAGAGAACCACACCCCAGAGCAGUGGCAGAGGGGUGACACGUCUCUCCCACCCGCCUCCCCUCUCCCCGAGUCCCCAGGUCCUGCCUCUCCCGCUAGCACAUUACUACUGGGUUUGAAGAGGGUGUCUGUGCGGCUGGUCGACUGCAGGAAAAUACUGGGGCUGAGUGGAACUACGAGAGUAGGAGGAGAAGAGAAGGGCUAUGGAGAUUCAGAUUUGAUGUCAUCAAGGGACAACCCUAACUGUCGCUCGUUCAGUGGGAAGGACUUAUCAUCUGGGAAGGCUCCAGGGUUGAAAGAGAUCCAGCGACCUUAUAGCUGUGAUGUAUGUGAGAAGAGUUUCACUCAAUCAGGAAACCUACGACGGCACCAAAGAGUACACACAGGAGAGAGACCAUAUGUCUGUCCUAUAUGUGGAAAGAGUUUCCGUAUGUCAGGAACACUGACUAGACACAAGAGAACACACACAGGAGAGAAACCAUAUGGCUGUCCUAUAUGUGGAAAGCGUUUCCGUACAUCAGGACAAUUGACUAUACACAAGCGAACACACACUGGAGAGAAACCUUAUAGCUGCGAUCAAUGUGGGAAGAGUUUUACUCAAGCUUGUUCCCUGACUGAACACAAGCGAACACACACUGGCGUGAUGUUCCACUGCUCAGACUGUGAGAAGAGCUUCCCUACAUCAGUGAAGUUGAAACGGCACCAGCAAACGCACACAGGAGAGAAACCUUAUCGCUGUGAUCAAUGUGGGAAGAGUUUUGCGAGAGCUUAUUCCCUGACUGAACACAAGCUAACACACACAGGAGAGAAACCAUUUGUCUGUGAUCAAUGUGGGAAGAGAUUUACUAACUCAGGAACACUGACUUUACAUAAGCCAACACACACUGGAGAGAAACCUCGUAGCUGUGCUAUAUACAGCUGUAAGCACUGUGAGUGGAGUUUUGCUCAUUCAGAAGACCUAGCAAGACACCACCAGAGAAAACACAUGUGGGAGGGUAUUCAUGUCUGUGAUCAAUGUGGGAAGAGUUUUGCUAGUUCUGGAGACCUGAAUAUACACAAGCGUAUACACACAGGCGAGAAACAAUAUGUCUGUGAUCAGUGUGGAAAGAGUUUUUCUAGUUCGGGAAACCUGAAUAUACACAAGCGUAUACACACAGGCGAGAAACCAUAUGUCUGUGAUCAAUGUGGGAAGAGCUUUGCUUCAUCGGGAUUCCUGACUAAACACAAGCAUAUACACACCGGAGAGAAAUCUUACAGUUGUGAACAGUGUGAGAAGAGAUACAUUUCCAAAGGAGAGUUGAGAACCCACCAGCUUGUACACCCCAGAGAGAACUCUCUUUUCCUGUGCGAUCGAUGUGGGAAGAGCUUCACACACAUGGGAUCCCUGAAUGUACACAUGCGUAGGCACACAGGAGAGAAACCCUACCGCUGCGAUCAAUGUGGGAAGAGCUUUAUUCAGCCAGUAGAAUUGAAAAUGCACCAACGAGUGCACACUGGAGAGAAACCCUACAGCUGUGAUCUAUGCAGGAAGAGAUUCGCUCAGUCAGGACUGCUGACUGUACACAAGAGAACACACACUGGAGAGAAACGUUAUAAAUGUGACAUAUGUGGGAAGAGAUUUGCUCAGUCAGGAAACCUGAAGAGUCAUCAGAAAACCCACACAGGCGGAGAGAGAACCCGCACAGGCGGAGAGAGAACCCGCACAGGCGGAGAGAAAAUCCCCACAGGUGGAGAGAGAAGUCAUUCAGACAGAGGACUGAAUCACCUCCACACCUCCAUCCUCUCAGGCAUCAGUUCUCAGGAUCCCUCUGUCGACUCUGGGCAAACAUCACAGGAUCCCUCUGUCGACUCUGGGCAAACAUCACAGGAUCCCUCUGUCGACUCUGGGCAAACAUCACAGGAUCCCUCUGUCGACUCUGGGCAAACAUCACAGGAUCCCUCUGUAGACUCUGGGUAAACAUCACCGGAUCCCUCUGUCGACUCUGGGUAAACAUCACAGGAUCCCUCUGUCGACUCUGGGUAAACAUCACAGGAUCCCUCUGUAGACUCUGGGUAAAAUAGCCCACUUUGUAUUCCAUAUACAGUGUACAUUGCAUGGAGGCGGCAGAGGACGAAGUGCUGCUGGAUAUGUAUGACACAGUCCCCCUCAAGUAAUAUUGGUUAGUAUUUUGUUACAAUACGAAUAUCCGUAAGUGAUUUUAAUAUGCGUUUGUGCCUGACCAUGUCCACCGGGAAUGUUUAUUGGUGGCUAUGUUUUGUUUUAAAGUGGCCAUGUUUUAAAUUACUAGCCUAGAAUAUAUUGCCUUAUGAGACUUUUGUCCAUAGAGGGACACCAUUAUCAAGUUUCCUGCAGAUUCGGUCAUUCGGUUGCAGAGGAGUAACGUUUUAAGGGUUUUUCACUCAAUUCAAAGUGGCAGAAAAUCCAUCAUGGCGGCCCUUAUGGUUCUCUGAGGCACAUGUGUUCCUUUUUUUUUACCCCUUUUUCUCCCCAAUUUUGUGGUAUCCAAUUGGU